GAGAUCUUGUUGCGGUUGAACCUCAACCGCACUGCGUUCUCCCUGGAGUGUUUGUUUGUGUGUCUGGCAGUUUUUUUUUCGGUGAAACGACCGGGCUGGUUCUUCAGUCAUCCCAAAACAGCUCUCGCAAAUUUCGUUGCUCCCGGCAACGCUGCCAAACGGGGCGCAGUGCUGCCAGUUCUCCUCACCUCACCACGCGAAAGAUCGGGUCGUGUGAGCUAACAUUUCGGGGUCUCCUCCUGCUGCUCAACUCAGGCUCAUAAUAAUAUCAGCUGCUGCUGCGGCGAGUGCUGGUUCAGAAGUGUAAUCCGUGUUACGAAAAUAACCAGUGUGCUGUUUUGUUUGGUUUCGGUUUUGGAGAAGCUGCAAUUGCGCAAAUAGUACAAAUCUUAGGGUGAUACCCCUACAAACAAGGUGGUGACAGUGUGUGUGUGUCGAAAGUGUCAACGCGGUCGUUUUGUCGGCAAAGUGUGAAAAUUAGAAAGGUCGUGUAGAAAAUUGGAUAGAUUUUUUCGUUCGGUUUGCUUCUUCAACGCCAUCUCCAUCUCAAAAGUGUGCAAAGUGUGUGAGCAAAGCCUGAUGCAACAGCAGCAGCAGCACUGGUUUUUGCUUUCUGGUUAGGCAAUCGCGCAGCAAUCCAGUUUCGUGGAGUUUUGUGGAGUGUGUGCUUUUUUUUCUAAAUUGGGAUCGCAGUAGUCCGAAUGUGCCAACGGUCGCCGAAGUCGUCGUAACCAUGAUAAGAAGAUUGCCAAAGUUAUGCGUUGCCACGGCGACGCUGGUGCUGCUGCUCGGGGCCAUCCUGGACUGGCCGGUGGCGGAGGCCCACGUGGCGUUGACGUUCCCGCCCGCCCGAAAGUAUGACCUGGAUUUUCUGGACAACUCCAGAACCAAAGCGCCCUGUGGAAUGCCGAAAGGUUCAUUGAAAACGUCAUUCCUGGCCGGAAGCACUUUCAACGUCUCGUGGCAUUUGGCGUAUCCGCACCGGGGCGGCUUCCGGCUUGAAGUUCUGGACCAGAAGGAGAAACCUAUUCUGACUCUGACUCCAGUGCCUGCCAAGGGUAAACCAUUCCUCCGUGAGGAUGUUACUGCUCAGCAGUACCAGGUAUCGCUGCCAAAGGACUUCACCUGCCCGGACUGCAGCAUCCGAUUGACUCGGCAGGCCGACGAAUGGGGUGGCAACUACCUGUUCUGGUCCUGUGCCGAUGUGGACAUUGUCCAGCGCAAGGAGUACCGGGAGACCUGCUCCGGCCACGGCAAGUUCAUCGCUCGAUGCAAGUGCGAGAAGAAGUACUACGGCAAUCGGUGCGAGUACUGGGACGAGUGUGUCACCAACCAGGACUGCGGCCUGCAGGGAACCUGCGUCGAUCUGGGCGGAACCUCGCAACCCCGCAAGCAGUGCUACUGCCGACUCGGAUGGUUCGGACCGGGGUGUAGCAAGAAAUCGCCCAUCAAGUCAACGGACAUCGACUACACUCUGUACAAGCAGAAGACCCUGUCCCCGGCACUGGACGUGUACUGGCGCAUCUUGAAGGAGCAGGCGGAAAUCGAGGUGGUCCUCAAGGCCAACGGAACGUCCUGGGUUGGUCUCGGAUGGCGACCACGGCGACUAACGGCCGAGUGUAAAAACUUCCCGUUGAUUGGCGCUGCUGGAGGUAACGAAGCGGGAUCUGCCGAACCCGAACCAGGUGCAGAGCCCGAGCCAGAAACGAGCGCAGAACCAGAGCCAGCGACCGAACCGGGGCCCGCCACGGAACCAGAACCGGAAAGCACGGCCGAACCGUCCUCAGAACCCGCUUCGGAACCGUCGGCCGAACCCACGUCCGAACAAGGACCGCAUCCAGAGCCCGAGGUGUCCUCCGAACCGGAACCGGAGAGCACUUCCGAACCGGAACCAUCCGCUGAAAGCACCGCCGAACCGAGCUCGGAACCGAAGGCGGAACCCAAGUCCAAGAAGACCAAGCGUGCCACCGGAGACUCCCGCCCACCAGCGAGCGAACCCGAGCCAAAAUCCGAGCCCAAGUCCGAGCCAGCGUCCGAACCGGAGCCCAAAUCGGAACCCAAGUCCGAGCCGUCCUCCGAGCCGGAACCCAAGGCGGAAACCACGGCCAAGCCCAAACCAAAAACCACCAACCCGUGGACCCCCCGGCACGACUUCAACCCGAUGGACUGCACGGACAUCGUGAUCGGAACGGCCCGUGGGGAAACUCACCGAGUGUGGGACUACUACACCCGGGAUCGCUCGACGCCACGAGUGGACACCUUCUGGGGUGGCAAGUCGGACUUGACCGCCACCGGUGGGUUCGAGGUGGACGGCACCACGACGAUCGUGUUCCGCCGGAAGCUGGCGGCCAACGAACCGACCGAUCACUCGAUCGUGGACGAUCUGAUGCACGUAAUCUGGGCCAAGGGACAGGAACCGGGUGAGUACGUGCACUCGCCACCGUCCGGGCUGGAGAAGGACUCGGCCAGCGUGAGGGAGUUUUACGUGCGGGAUGAGCUGAAGUACCACGGACAUCGGAUGCAGCGGGGAGUGACGCAGAUUAACUUUUUGGAAGAGAAAAAGCUCGAACCCAUUGUGGCAGCCAACGGCUCGGAACUGGCGACCGGUGACGGUGUGGUGAUUCCGGCUGGCCCGAAGAGCCACGAGCUGGACAACGAGUGCAAGGGUUUCUGGAAGUACCCGAGGGAUUGCGAGCAGGACAAGUUCAACUGUGAAUACUUUGCCAGCUGGGAGGUUACCGGAAAGGGUGAUGCAGUUCACUUCCACAUUGAGACCAACUCGACGCAGCUGUGGACGGGCAUUGGGUUCAGCAAGAACGCCAAGAUGUCCCAGACUGAUGCGGUUAUUGGAUGGGUUGACAAGAACGGAAGACCGUUUUUGAUGGACACCUGGAUUAAUGGAUAUUCGGCGCCAAAGUUGGACGAAAAUCAGGAUCUCUACAAUGCCGCGGGAAAGAUCGAGAACGGGUUGACGAUCUUGGACUUUACCAGGAAGCGAGAUACUGGAGAUGAGGCGGAUUUGGCCUUUACCGAGGAUCAGUGCCUGUACAUUAUGUUCCCGUUGACCGGGGGUAUGUUCAACGCGGUCAAUAAGAAGAUCGCCAAGCACGGAUCGACGCCGAUCGUGACAGAUAACAAGGUUUGCGUCAAGUCGUGCCCACAUCUGUUUGAGUAUCUGUUCAACGAAGCGGCCACUCCGGCCCCGGAUCGGUUGGCUUAUGGAGCAUCGAUCAAACUGACCAAUUUGGCAACUGGAUUCGAGGUGCCAGCUUCCGGAACACCGGAGUACAACGAUCUGUCCAAGUCGAUCACGGACAGCUUCAACGGAAUGCUGAAGGGAGUCGGUGGAUUCCACAAGACCGAUGUGGUCACCUUUGAAAAGGAUGCCGAUGGCAUGGUGGUCAAGAUGAACAUCCUGCUGAACAAGGACGGUGUCGAAACUAACUUGGUGGACGAUCCAGCCAAGCUGGAGCAGACCAUUCAACACUUGAUUCAGAACAACCUGUCGUCUGGCAAGGUGGGAGCCCUUUCAGUGGAUCCCGAAUUCCUAGAGUUUAAGGCUUUGGAGUACAAGCAACCGAUCAGGAAUGAACCAUCAUUCUUCGAGAAGGCUGGAACAAGACUGUACACCAUUUUGGGCUGUAUUGCAGCUCUGGUCUUCAUCGCGAUCAUUCAGGCCACGUGCACCAUCGUAAAGACCCGCCGAACGAAGCGUCUUCAGAACCAGCUGAUCCCGAACUCGGCCUGGAAGGACUAUUCGUCCAACACGAACUACGCGUUCGACAACUUUGAGAGUGACACGCACAAGAGCCAGCACAGCAGCAAGCAUCACCGGUCGGAUCGAAGUGGUGGCUACAGCAACGGGAACAGCCAGCAGACGACACUGCAGAUGUCGCACUCGCCGAACAAGGCCCAGUACUACGAGAUCGACCGGACCGACGGGAUGCACCGAAACGGUGGAGGGGAUCCCAGGAACGGUUCGAUGCACCCCCGUGCGGUGUACGAUACCCGCGCCGGUGACCGCACGUCGUACGCCGAACGUGCCUACUCGCUGCCCCGGCCAAUGCACCAGCAGCAGCAGCACGGCGAAUCACGCCAACACCACCAGCAGCAGCAGCAGAUGCAACGACCCGGUUCCGAGUACUACACCCAGGACCGACGAACGGCCAAACGCACCAGCCACAAUCCGGCCGGCGGCGAUCGGGAUCGGGGCGGAAGCCACUACGCGACCAGUUCCGUCACCAACGGAGUCGAACGCAACGGCAACGGAAUGCACUACCAGCAGGCCAGCCAGCCGCCGAUGACGGAAUCUUCGGAUCUGUACUUUACCCCGACCCAGCGGAAGUACUCCGGCGAGGUCGUGCGAGUCUUUGUCGAUUACAACAAGGACAAGAAGUAGGCGUUGCGUGCACGUGCGCGAAGAGAAAGAGAGAAUGAUUCGAGGUGGCAAAGUGCAGUCAUUGCAUCCAAGGUGGCUGCGGCGAUUCGGUUUUAAAGCGUGAGAUAAGCGGAAAGUAGGGAGGGGAAGAAGAAAGCUUCCCCCUCAUCGCAGCCGUCAAAUUAAGCCGUUAUCUCGUGCACAACCAUCUCUCUCGUUAGUGCCUUCCAGUUUUUUUUAUUGUUUUUUUUUAUUUCGAUUUUGCAUUGUUUUACUUUCGUUUCGUUAUCUAUCUUUAUUAUUUCAUGUGCGAUUUCAACUCUCUCAGUUCAAACUUACUCCUUCCACUAUUGUAUUUUGAUUUUAUCAUUUUUGCUUUCAAUUGCAUCGCGUUCCGGUGUCAGGGAGAACGCCAAAAGUCAUGCAACCUCGGAGCAAGAGCAUCCGAGGUUAGAAGAGAAAUUGAUAAGCAACCUUCCCAAGGGCAGUUUUUAUUUCAUUCGUAUUUUAAUCGAGCAGCAGUUUAUUUACCUUGAAUAAGUUUUAGUCAGCCAUUACGUUUAAAGUCGGGUAAACGUCAAGUAGUAGGCGCUGCAAUGUGUAUAGUUUAAGGUGAAGACAUCAAACAAUUUCAACGAAAGCAAUCAAUAUUUACUGUUCCAUUGAACGAUUUAAAGAAAAAGAAUUGAUAAACGUUAGCCUCAAUUAUUAGCUUUAGUUUCUACACACAAAAUAAUAAGAAAUCUGGUAAAAUACUCCUCGUAUUGUGUUAGGAAAACCUUCUUAUAUUCAACUUUAAAUCAGUUUUAAUGUUAACCACCCUCGAGUGGCACCCUCUUGUAAAUAUCACGUGAAUUGUACAGGCCACACAACCAAGAAAUUGUUAAUACAUAUUUUAACUAACAACACUACAACGAUUGAACGAAAUCCGUCCUGAAUGUGUACAGUUGCUGUAAAAGGCACUCCUUAAAACUCGAUUAUAUAUUUUAAUCGUACUUCCAAAACAUCUGUUGAAUCUUGGAUAAUCCACAUAUUUUAAGGGAUAAAUAAACAAAACAUAAAAUCA